UUGGCGUUGACGACGUAGUCGCGUUGCGUGCCAUUACAAUAAGUUUGUUUUAAGUUUAAGUUUUUAAAUAAUUUCCGCUUAACAGAUAAAAUGUCCUUGAAACAAAUUACCAUCGUACAACUAGUGGCCAUCGUGCUGUUUGUCUUCUUUGUUGGGAAAGGUCUCUCAAUAAAGUGCUGGAAAUGCAGAUCGGAUACCGAUCCCAAAUGCGCUGAUCCGUUCGACAACACGUCUUUUCCCAUUUCCGAUUGCGCAAACGAAAAAUCACUAUCACAUCUGCCCGACGCCAAAUCCACAAUGUGUAGGAAAAUUCGUCAAAAAGUUAAUGGAGAAUGGCGAUACUUUCGUAGCUGUGCAUUCAUGGGUGAACCUGGAAUAGGAGGAGAUGAAAGAUUUUGUUUGAUGAGGACAGGUACCUAUAAUAUAUUUAUUGAAUAUUGCACUUGCAAUAGCAAAGAUGGCUGCAACACAGCUUCUGGUCAGCGAUGGAACAUGUUCCUUCUAUUUGGUGGAACAGCCUUAGUAGUCAUUAAAAUGUUUUUUAGAACUUGAUAAUUUUUCUUUAUGACAAAAUUUCAUUCUUACGGCGCCAAUUAGAUCUGAAAUGAUGAUUGCAGUUUUUUGCUACAAUCGCUCUUAGAAUACGUUUAAUCGAUCAAACUUUUGAAAUAUUUUUCAAAAGCAUAUGCUUUUUUUUAAUUAGAAAUGAGAUACUUUUAUAUUAUUAAAACGCACUAAUGCUUAAAGAUUUUUUUCAAAUAUUAAGCAAUAUUAAAUUGCCUUUGUACAAUACGUUUAGUACAAUAAGAAUAUAGCAAAGAAGACUGCCAAUACCGUCCAGAGUAUACUAGCAUAGUAUAAAUAAUGAAUCAUAAAUUUUUCUGUAUUUUCAUAAG